CACUGGACUGAACAAAAAUAUGCAUACAAACAUACUUAUGUACACACUGUUUUGUUGUUCCACUGUGGCUGCCUUUGAACAACUGUUGCUUCAGUUUAACGUUGUCAAGGCUGCCGCAAGUAAUAACGGUGGUAACCAUGACGACAACACCAGCAGUAGCCAAAGCAAAUCCUGGCUAGAAAUUUUCAUUAAUUCCCAAUCGGCUUGACAAUGUUGCAUCAAGGAAUUAUUUUACGUGAAGGGCAUGUUACACGCACCAUAUACAAUCUGAUCAAGGACAAGCGCUAUGAGGAUGUCAUCGAGUGCAUUGUGAACUUUGGCGAGGCGGCAAAUACGCGAGCGGGUCUCUCCACUCUGGGACAUUGCUACUAUCAUGCACAGAAGUACGAGGAGGCGGCCAGCUGCUAUGAGCAGCUCUGUCAACUGGUGCCCACAGAGCCCAAGUACAGAUUCUACUAUGCGCAGUCGCUUUACCAAGCUGGCAUCUUUUCGGAGGCGUUGCGCGUGCUGAAGCAAAUUGGCGACAAGGAGACGGAACUGCGUGAGCAUUGCCUGCAGCUGCAGAGCGCCAUUCUCUACUCCAGCGAGGACUACGCGGGCGCACAGAGUUUGUUGAAUCAGCGCACGCCAGGCACGCCGGAAACAUUCAAUGAUGAGGGCUGCUUGUUGUAUCAGGCGGAUCAGCAUGAGACGGCGGUGCAGCGUUUUCAGUCUGCAUUGCAGGUGGGCGGCUUUAAUCCGCUGGUGGCUUACAAUGUGGCCUUGGCGCACUUUCAGCGCAAGCAGCGCGCCCAGGCUUUGGACUAUACCGCAGAGAUUGUGGAGCGCGGCAUGCGCAACCAUCCGGAGCUGGGUAUAGGCGCACAGGUCGACACCGAUGGCAGCGCACGCAGCGUGGGCAAUCCCAUUACGAUGGCGCUAUCCGGCAUUACACAAGCGCUUAAUCUGAAGGCUGCGCUGGAGUACCAAGACGGCAAUAUGGAGGCGGCACGCGAUGCUUUGCUUGAUUUGCCACCACGUGCCGAGAGCGAACUGGAUCCGGUAACGCUGCACAACAUGGCGCUAACGGACGCACAGGGUCCCGUGGCGGGACUACGCAAAUUGGCCUUUCUGCUGGCGCUGGGCGCACCCGCCUGUCCCAAGGAGACCUUUGCCAACAUCUUGCUGACCUGCUGCAAGCAUGAGCUGUAUGAAACCGCAGCUGAUAUUCUAGCUGAGCACACAGAUCUCACCUACAAGUAUCUAUCGCAGUAUCUAUACGAGCUGCUGGAUGCGCUCAUCACAGCUCAGACCAGCUCCGAGUUGGCCGAGAAGAAACUCAACACGCUGGCCUCCAGUCUGGCGGGUAAACUGCGCAGCUUGGCCGCACGUGUGCAGGAGGUGAGAGCCACCAGCGAACAGCAGGCUCUACGUGAUGCACUCAAGGAUUACGAGCAGGCACUGGAGCUAUAUCUGCCUGUGGUGAUGGCACGCGCUUGGAUUGCCUGGCGAGAGGAUGACUUUCUGGGCGCAGAGCGUGAGUUCCGCUCGAGCGCUGAGUUCUGCUCGGAGAAUGCCAUCUGCUCGGUGUGGCGUCUGAAUGCGGGACAUGUGCUCUUCAUGCAGGACAAGUACAAGGAGGCGGCGGCUUUCUAUGAGCCCAUAGUGCGCCAGCAUGCGGAUGAUAUUAUGUCCGUGUCCGCUGCUGUGCUGGCCAAUCUGUGCGUUAGCUACAUCAUGACCUUUCAGAACGAGGAGGCCGAAGAGCUCAUGCGCAAGGUGGAGAACGCCGAGGAGCAGAAGGGCAAUCAGGGCAAGCAGUAUCAUCACUUAUGCAUUGUCAAUCUGGUCGUGGGCACCUUGUACUGCGCCAAGUCCAACUACGAGUUUGGCCUAUCGCGCAUUGCGCACGCCUUGGAAGGCGGCUCCGGUGCGCGUCUCUAUGCGGACACCUGGCUGCAUGUGAAGCGCUGCAUGCUUGGCCUGCUCACUGGCAUGGCCAAGCAGAACAUUAUCUUGCCCUAUCCAGCAGUGCAGGAGGUGCUCAACUUUCUCAAGUCCUGCGAGGCCUACGGGCUAUACACGCCGGCCAAUAUAUAUACGGCAGCGGAGCAGGCGCCAGAGGAGCCGCUGACUAUCGGACUCGAGGCUAGAAAGCUGCGUCUGCUGCUUAUCAAGCUCAGUGAAUAUGAAAAUUAUUGAGUU